UCGUUCGAACCUCGACUCCGAAGAAACCGAAUAACCUCAUUCCUCGCUCCCAAGAAUGGCUGCUGCUGUCGGGAUCUUCAACUCAACACAUUCGGGCGACUCGAACAAGUAUACUGCUAUCUCGUCUGUCGAAGAAAUAGAUGCUGGCGACGAAUCCACCGAGUCAAACUCGCUACUCGUCGUAUCACCAUAUGCCACGGCACCACAUCUACUUGACCUGAAUCGCUACGACACGGCAAGCCAGCUCUUCGCAAAGGCCUUGACGAUACUCCGACCGACUCGCGAUGAUUACGCGACAACAGAGUACACAUCCACCUUCAAUUUCCAGGAGGUCGUCGAUACGCUGAAAGGACUCGCAAGAGCCGAGUCACAUACAUGGCAGAAGAAAGAGUUCUAUGUUGUCAGUUUCCGGUCGCAACUUAAGAAUGAAGUUGACGGAGAGAGGCUUUUCCAGCUUGAUGCUUUCUCACAUCAAGAAGCUAUGGCGAGUGGAGGGCUGUUGAAAUAUUGGUAUGGUGUGAAGGACGAAGAUCGACGAAACCUGGCGACUUGUAUGUAUGCCUCGAAGCUGUGAUGAGGUGUGCUCUGACUGACGAAAUCUCCAGGCUUCUGGGAAAGUCGACAACACGCAAGAGAUGGAGGCAGAGGGCCGUGGCAUGCUCAGGCGAGAGCUGCGGCUACAAUCUGGUAUGAGAGCAUUGUGUUCAAGACGUAUGUUUUGACGAUUGGCGAUGGAGCGAAUAGCUGGGAGUUCAGAGAUUAUGAGGAGAGCAGGUGAUGGUAUACUUGCGUCCGACCAUCAAGGUGUUUGCAGAGACGGGGUCCGUGCUUGGGUGCGGCCCUGAGCGGAGACUUGACAGCGUAGACAGCGAUGACCUUGUUCCAGAAAACAUCGGAGCG